AUGUCCAAACCAGAGCUCACGUUCAAGCUCGCUCCUGUCCAACUGAGCCGACGAGCUGAAUUCUUUCUCCUGCUGCUCCUCUUCAAACGCUGGCUCCCGCUCCUAGUUCAAGCCGAAUAUAGCAACAAGAGGUUACACCAAAAUGCAGUUCAAAGAUGCCAGGGCAGCGGUGGACUAGCACCAAGCAAUUACUUCAAUCCCGUGCCAGGAACGGUCAGUUAUCCACCAGAACACCCAGAUCUUGGAGUGAAAUACGACGAGUUAUUUGACUUUAACUUACAAGAUGGGGAAUCAGCGUGGGUAGCGGGAUUUGCUUCAUACAGCUUGCCUGUUGUGUUCGAAAAUUGCGUGGUGUGGACCGAAAACACUGCUAGCGAAGGAAACGGCGCUUCCAUCUAUAGUUGUUUAAAUUAUUGUGGAUACGAUACAUCAACCACAGACGCCUACAUAGGAGUUAAUUCACGACACUGUGUUUGCUUUACACGGCAUAUGGUAGAAGCGAAUCGGACUCGAUGCGACCCAGCCAACGAUAUAAUGUUGGGUGUGUAUGCAGUUAAAACAGAAAGGGUAAAAGAUAAAUUCUUAUACCAGUGUAACAACAUGCAAAUCAAUACCAGCAUCGAAAAAUGCACAGAAAAACAUAAAUCCGUCUGUUAUACCAGAAACCCGGAAGUGUGCACAAACAACAAUAGACACUAUCUUAUAAACAACUCUUGGACGUUUUACUGCAUUGUUGCUGAAACUAAGACUUGGUUUGACAGCGUAAACCACUGUAAAACUAUCUCAGGUAACAUUUUACCAACUGUCACGCCGCAGUUGGUAUCUGAAAUAAAUGCACGAGUCAAUGAUACAGUUGAUUACUGGGUAGGAACGUUUCGUAGUUUUACUGUUGCUGAUGACCGCACGGGUAACAGUCCGUGCCUGGUAGUGACGAGAGUUAAUAACGAGCUUGUUUUAGAACCGGAAGACUGUAACAAGAGGAGGAAGUAUGUUUGUUUAGAGAACGUAAGACGAAAACACGGAAACAACAACGACACAGUUGAUGACAAUGUCUACAAUCGUACGGACAUUCUUGAUGACAAAAAUAAAAUUCAUACAAAUUCCUUGGUAAUCGGCAUUGUUAUAGGUGUAGGUGCAAUUCUAGCCCUUUUUGGCAUUAUAUUUUUAUUUCUAUCGAUACGCAAAUUUUGCAACAAGACUCAAACGCCAUUUAUAACGGAUUAUACACAGGAAAGUCAUGAGUUGGAUGCGGUGGAUGGAAAUCAACAAUAUGACGCUAUUCGUGGUUCUUAUGUGCAGCCGCGAUCAGUGCCGUUGGAUGGUAAAAGAAGGAGUCAAUCAGAUCAUGGCAAUGAUAUAACCACCCUUGGAAAGGCGGAAUAUGAUGAGGACGGUAGUCCUAUCAGGCUUCAUAACGAUCCAAGACUCGAUUUGAAUGAGGACUUCUAUUCUAACUCUAAUUUGAACGAGGAGUUGUAUUCUAACUCUCAGAUUGGUCGUGAUCAUGUCAGCGAUGGAUACGAUAAAUGUUCUGCAUCCCAGUGCAGAAAAUCUGGGGCCUCGUUAAACAUUUAUGGUAAUUUGUAGACUUGUGAGAUAACCAGAAUCGCGUUUUAGUUUAUCGGUGCUGUAUAUAUGUCACACUUGCUACUUCUAACGAUACGUGUAGUUGUUUAUCGGUGUUGAAUAUAUGUCACACUUGCUACUUCUAACGAUACGUGUAGUUGUUUAUCGGUGCUGAAUGUAUGUCACACUUGCUACUUCUAACGAUACGUGUAGUUGUUUAUCGGUGCUGAAUAUAUGUCACACUUGCUACUUCUAACGAUACGUGUAGUUGAUUAGCGGUGCUGUAUAUAUGUCACACUUGCUACUUCUAACGAUACGUGUAGUUGUUUAUCGGUGUUGAAUAUAUGUCACACUUGCUACUUCUAACGAUACGUGUAGUUGUUUAUCGGUGCGUAAUAUAUGUCACACUUGCUACUUCUAACGAUACGUAUAGUUGCUUAUCAGUGCUGAAUAUAUGUCACACUUGUUACUUCUAACUCAGUCCAUGCAUAUAGUCAUGCGUAUUAAGUAAUUUACGGCCACCAGCCCAUAAUACAAAAACAUAGAUAUAUCAAUGGUGUACAAUAAUAGUUUCGUCAUUUUUAUGAAUAUCUUAACAAUAUAUGGGUGAUUUGGCAUGUCUUUAACAAUGUAUUUAUUGCCUGAAUGUUUAAUAUUAAGUACUUAUAUUUAAUUAUAAUAUAAAAAUAUUUAAGUUAUUGUCAUGGUCAGGGUAAUUUAUUAGUAUUGUCAUUCUGUGCAAUUAAAAUAUUGUCAUUAUUGUAGUUUCUGUUUAAUAUAAAAUAAUUCUCAUGUUCUGUGUUAUUGAAAUGUUGUCAUUUUGCGUUAUUAAAAAAUAAUGUAUAAUGUCAGUAUGUGUAAUAAAGUAUAGUCAUUCUACGUAAUUAAAGUCAUUUUGUGUUAUUAAAAUAUUGUCAUUCUGUGUAAUUAAAGUAUUGUCAUUCUGUGUAAUUAAAGUAUCGUCAUUCUGUGUAAUUGAAGUAUUGUCAUUCUGUGUAAUUGAAGUAUUGUCAUUCUGUGUAAUUAAAGUAUCGUCAUUCUGUGUAAUUGAAGUAUUGUCAUUCUGUGUAGUUGAAGUAUUGUCAUUCUGUGUAAUUGAAGUAUUGUCAUUCUGUGUAAUUGAAGUAUUGUCAUUCUGUGUAAUUGAAGUAUUGUCAUUCUGUGUAGUUGAAAUAUUGACAUCCUGCGUAAUUAAAGUUUUGUCAUUUUGUGUAAUUGAAAUAUUGUCAUUUUGUGUAA